AACGGCAACAUUUAGCUCCGGAUGAAUGUUUGAUGGACCUGCGUGUCUUGCUCUGUAGCUGUUGGGAUGAAUGAAACAAAGACGACAGAGGCAGCCUCGGAAGACGCCAACUGUUAACACAGAAGAUAACUUUAUGGAAACGUGGUCUACCCGGUAAAGGUCUGUUCUCUUCUCACUAGCUUUCGUAAACUUUAACGUUACGUCGACGACAGGCAACUACUAAAAAAUGUGCUUCAUAACGUUAGUUACUACACAAACUGACGUUAAAGAAGUUGAACAUUGGACUAUUCUGGCUUUAAAACAACCUACAUUCUCCUAAUGGGGGUUUACCUUUUACUUUAAUAUCCUGCCUUUUAAAACUAUGAAAGGCGGCAAAAGGACAGCAUGACCCUGUCUGUGUUGAUCAAGAGAACUUCAGAAGGGUUUCUUUUUUGGUUCAUCUAAAGGACUUUGACCGUUCAGUUUGUUUCUAGCAUGCAGAAACCUGGUAUCCACUUUGUAUCAGAUCUAAUGCUUCAGCACGAACCUAAUAGAUGUCUCUGAAACGUAGAAUUGAACAGGUGAAUGUGUUUGAGGUGGGAUAUACAUGGACCAGUUUGCUGGAUUUCCUCUGCAAACACCCCAGCAGAAGUGUAAAAGGAUAUGAUGUUGAACAGAUAAGGUAGGCUUUCUUUAUAUCCUUUUUUUUUUUUAAAAAUGAGCCAAGGGCCAAACCUUGUCCUGGAGUGGCUUUCUAAGCUCCAUCUGGCCCAAUAUUUGGAGUCUUUCAUUGACAAUGGGUAUGAUGAUUUGGAAGUGUGCAAACAGAUUGGAGAACCAGACUUGGAUGCCAUAGGUGUCCACAUCGAGUACCACAGACACAGGCUCCUUGCAGCAGUGCACAAACUAAAGGAUGAAGACAGAAGGAAAGCACCAAGCUACUAUUUCACCUUGGAGCCAAUUGGAACGUCUACUUGCAACCACUCUUCAGACCCAAACAGAGAAAAAGACUUCGGGACUUUGGGAUCACACUCACACACAUCAAGAAUACAUGAGGCUUCUUGCCCUGGAAACCAUAACCUGAGAUUCACAGAUUGUAAUGACUUUGUGACUUAUCCCAAACUGAAGCUUAAGGUGCUGAUAAGGGAUAAACUGGCUAAAGAUGGGAUCAACCUUGGAGACGCACCUUACACCCAUAAGGAUGGCUCGGUGGGGAACCUUGAUGACCUGGUUCAGGAGUAUUCACAGUAUUACGGCACCUCCCUCGGCGACGUGUGUGAAAGGAUGGAGGAGCUGCGGAAACGCAAAGUAGUGCAAGACGCGGAGAUGGGAAAGGUUGACUCAGUGGCCACAUCAGUGCUGCUCCGCUCUCAGAUCCAGGAAUCCCUCGGACUCAGCAGUACCACUUCCACUCCAGAGACGGAGAGAAGGUUUCCUGUGCACAAAUCCAGCUCUGAUGAUGGGUCUGGAGGGAAAUGGGAUGGAAAGAGGAAGAGCAAGUCUUUUUGGCACAGUUUUCGAAAGUCGCAGAAAGGAGUGAUGCGUCAGAUUUCCAAAGGUGAUGAUGUUGGUUUUGUGGCCAGUGAAAUCACAAUGAGUGAUGAAGAGCGUAUUCAGCUGAUGAUGAUGGUGAAGGAGAACAUGAUCUCUAUAGAAGAAGCCCUCGCACGGCUGAAGGAGUUUGAGGUAACGAACAGACAGACGUGCAGGUUAUAUCCCGCAGAGUGGACCGAUCCCUCCAGUCCCACCACAAACGAGUCGCUCAACUGCAACCCUUGUGACCUGUCAGACAACGAAGAAGAGGACCCUGUGACGUUCAGGAGACUCCACAAACUGGUCAACUCGACCCGGAAGGUGAAGAAGAAGCUUAUCAGAAUCGACGAGUCAAAGAAGACCGGAGCAGACGAGAGUUUCAACAUAGACAGUUUCACCUGUGGAGAUGCCGCUGCCUCCCUGUACUCAGGCGUGCACAAGAGGCCUGCUGUUUGCCCCGUGGACUCCCUGGCCUCAGCCCUGCAGGAGCAGCUCAGCUAUGACAGGGACUCUGACAGUCUGACCACCUCCCCCUCCUCCAGCAGCCUGGACACCUGCAGCAGCCAGAAGAUCUUUCAGGCCUUCAGAGAAUCUGCCGGGAGCCCGGUUCAUCAGGAGACAUGUGUUGCAGGAGAGGUGAGGGAGGCGGGUGAGGGCAGUGGAUCCUCCUUCUCUGAAGCCGACGCUUGCCAUGAUGAAGAACAUAAAAUUGCUCGCUCUGUUACUGACGGUGAGCUCCGCCAUCGGAUCCUCAGCCCGCUCAGCAACCACGGGAGAGCUUGUAGCUUUGGAGGAUUUGACCUGACCAACCGCUUAGUGCUCGGAGUCAGCUCUGAUCAUGAUAACACUAAUAAAGAUGGAGACAGUGGAAGGGAUCUUACGAAGUCUCCAGCAACAUCUCGUAUUUCCAUCGGCAAGAAGGUCAAAUCUGUGCGAGAAACUAUGAGAAAACACAUAUCCAAGAGAUACCACUGCUCCCUCUCCGAGCAGUCAAGCCCAGACCGCAUAUCUAGCUGCCCUCACUCGCCUCACAAAGACUCGGACUCUUUAGAGAAACCCAAACUGAAGCUUGGAGGAUCUGUGGAAAGCCUGAGGAGUUCCCUCAGCGGACAAAGCUCCAUGAGUGGUCAGACUGUGGGCACCACUGACUCCUCCAACAGCAACAGAGAGAGCGUGAAGUCUGAGGACGGGGAGGAGGAUGAGCUGCCUUACCGCGGACCCUUCUGUGGACGCGCUCUCGUUCAUACCGACUUCACCCCCAGCCCCUACGACACAGACUCACUCAAACUGAAGAGUGGGGACGUCAUUGAUGUCAUCAGUAAGCCUCCGAUGGGUACAUGGAUGGGGAUGCUCAAUGGGAAAGUGGGCACCUUUAAGUUUAUAUAUGUGGAUGUCCUGAAUGAAGAGGAGGUGAAGCCUAAAAAGACGCGCAGGAGGAGGAAGGCCCGGCAACCCAAACCCACCUCUGUAGAGGAGCUCCUCGAUCGCAUCAACCUCAGAGAGCAUCUUCCCACUUUCCUUUUUAACGGCUACGAGGAUCUGGACACAUUCAAACUGUUAGAGGAAGAAGACCUGGAUGAGCUGAACAUCAGAGACCCCCAGCACAGAGCCGUGCUGCUCACUGCUGUGGAGCUGCUGCAAGAGUACGACGGUGGCUCAGGAAGCAGCGACCUGGAGCGCAGCAGUCAGUCUGGAGGCUCCCAGGAGAAGCUGCUCCUGGACCGGCGUGGCCUCGUGGGAGACUCCCCUCGGGACUCCGGCUGCUACGAGAGUAACGAGAACCUGGAGAACGGACGGGACAAAAAGACAUCUUCCUCCAUGAGCAGGUCCUCCUCCGGUUUUGAGUCAAGUAACCUCCCAUCCCCAGAGAACCCCGCCCCCCAAAAAACCCUUACCUCCACCUGCUCUCAUAAGACUUCACUCCAAAGUAAACCAGCAUGUCCACCUUGUGACUCGCCACCACUAAGACCCCCUAAGAGCAGCUUAAGCCUCCUGAGCCCACCUAAAGGUCAUCUUCCCAGAGGAGCCAUUGGCAGGAGCCAGAGCUGCAUGGAGCUGAGAAGACUCCCAUCACCAGAGCCGCUGAGGCGGAGCUUCUCACUGACCAUCCACCCCAGAUACUGGAAUCUGACCCACAGCGUCAGGCCGAGCAUACAGCACAAAGUCAAUCCUCAAAAACAGAUUGAGUUCCUGCCUCCAGCAGCAUCAUUUAUCACUGAGGGCAGCACUUUGAACACAGACGCAGAAAAUUAUUCUUCACCUAAACAAGCAAAAACAACACGGAGCACACACCUUAAGCUGCCACCCACAGUCCUAGCAGGAAGCUCAAAUCAUCCUAUAACUACACCUUCCUCACCAAACCCACACACAGAGACCCACAUAACACAGGCUGCCUGCAUGGACAUCUUCACAAACCACAUCUUGUCAGAGGACAAGAGGAGUUUUUCAAUUUCUGCCACUUCUGAAGCCCGCAGACUGAAAAUACUGAGGAACAAGAAGAUGGAGGAAAGAUUCUAGGUGCAGGAUGUAGACAUUAAAGAGCAGUGCACUGUCAGCUCACAGAUGUUUAUGGAGGCUGCUGCGGCUUCAAAACCUUAUUUGUUUCUAGAGCUUUUAUUGAACUGUAACUUCUCAUUUUAAAAUAACCAUCCAUUUCUUAAAAUCAAUAUUUUUGUUAUAAGUGUGAUUUGAAUUAUUUUAAUUUUUUUCUGAAGUGAAAAACUGUUUGAUUACUCUCUGUGUCGUAAACUUUCCAACAAUAGCCUGAAUGUAAAUGUAGCAAUGUCAUUCUAGUAUCAGUUUUGAGUAGAAACCUACAGAAAAGUGUUUUUUAAUCUCACUGCACACCAGACAGUUCAACAGCAGCAUGGCCUCUUCAGAUCCAACGAGGCUGUUCAUAAUGUAAGCUGUAAAUAAAUACAAUACCUUCAUGGUUUACUUGGUCAUUUGAAUCAAACACAGACAUGGUUGAUGUAAAAAGUAACACACAUACUUUUCUUAAUAUGAUAAGUCCAAAUUAUUGUUGUCAUCAGUUUUUUUCAAACUAGAAGUAUUGAUAGCAGUUGGAAAUGUUUGAUAUUCAGUACACUUAAAUGUUUUUUUUUGUUUUUUUUUAAUGAUACACUCUAUCAUUUUAAUGCUCAAUAAAAUCACAAAGUACUGAAGCUCUUAAACCUGGAGAGAGAAUUGUCUAAAUUUUACAAAAACAUUGGCAAGGUUACAGUAAUGAAACAUUUGCGCAUUUUAGAGGGUGUGCUGGAGGUUGCCUGCAUUUUAGAUAAUUGAAAACACCAAUUAUUGGGUGCAUAAAACUUCUAUUUUCGUUGCCAUGGUAAUAAAAGAGGCAUCAGUAAGGUUUGAUUUUCACUAGUAUCAUGUCUUUUAAAAUAUGUAGUUUAAAAUCCUGGUAUCAGAGAACCCUAUGAUGAAGCACUGGGAAUACUAGAUAUGAUAAUGUUGAUGACACAGAACACUGUCAGCAGUUCUCAGAAGUUUAAUUUGCACUUUUUUUAAACAAUCUUUAAGUGAAGUGACAAACAUUUAGCAGUUGAUCAAUAGUUGCAGCAAACGAUUUCUUACAUGUGCACGAUGUUGAUCUCUAGAAGUUUCAUGUCAGUAAAUGAUGUAAAAUACUUUCUUGCUCUUUAAUUACAUUAAUAAAGCUUUCAUUUUCUAUGUGCAUUAUA